AAUUUUAAAAGAUCAUUACAUGAGAACCAAUCAUUAUUUGAUUUAGGAACAAAAUUUUUUAAUUAUGUACCUAUUGAAAAAGAAAAAUUUGAUGAAAUGGGUAUAUGCUUACGUGUUAUCGGCAAUAUAAGUCUUCUACCACUCGAUUUCCAACAAUCAAUAAAAGAUGCUGUAAAAGCCACGGAGCAAAACAAAAAACUUAUUGUUAAUAUAGUUUUAUCAUAUACGUCCCAUGAUGAAAUUACUUAUGCAAUUGAAACAAUAUUAAAGCAAGACGGGGAACUGAAAGACGAGGACAUAAAUGAAAAACUUUUAGAACAGAAUUUAUACAUUUCAAAACCUUUGGACAUGAUCGUAAGAACUUCAGGAGAAACUCGUUUAAGCGAUAUCUUAAUGUGGCAGCAAAAAAAUUGCAUAAUCUAUUUUGAGACAGCACUUUGGCCCCAAUUAACAUAUACUGACUUUUUUAAACAUCUUCUAUGUUAUCAACUAACACAGCGUAAGUCACAAAUUCAAUAAAUUAGAAGCCAUAACGCUAAAUUCUGGAAUGUUAAAAAAUAAUGAAUUGUAUGGUAUUCAUGCUUAUUAAAGUAAUUUUUAAGUUUUUAUUAAGUCUAAGAAAAAAUAUGGGAUAACAUUUUCCAACGGACUUUGGACACA